UCAAGCAUUAAAAUUCAUGUUUUGUGAAAACGAAGUGCACGAUGGCUGUUGUGUUCGAAGGAAUUAGCCUCCGAUCUUUGUCGGAUCAUGGCGAUAUUCUACAAAGAACCGAAGCAGUUCUGAGGCUGGAGGUAGUAACGGAAAACGAGGAGCCCCUGGUCUCGAUUUACAAUGGUGCAAACUCCCAGCAGAUGCUACGGUUCUCCCUGAGCAGUGAGGAGGUAGUUUGCUGUCAGGCUAGCAAACAUACCUACCUGGUCAACAUUCAGGGUCGCUCCGUGCUGCUUCACUUUGCAUCAGACUUUGAAUUGUCCAGAUUUCACAAUGUCGUCAAGGGUGCCAAACACAAUAGCAGUAAGACUACAAAAAAAUCAGUCUUUAAGGAGCGGACGGACGAGGCGUCAUCAUCGCAGUACUUUCAAUUUUAUGGCUACUUGUCACAGCAACAGAACAUGAUGCAAGAUUACAUCAGGACCUCCACCUACCAGAAAGCCAUGCUUCAGAACAGCGACGACUUCAGAAAUAAGAUCGUUCUGGACAUGGGCGCAGGGUCGGCCAUCCUUUCCUUCUUUGCCAUCCAAGCUGGUGCCAAGAAAGUCUAUGCCAUCGAAGCUAGCACCAUAGCCGAACAUGCACAGAAAUUGGUGGAGGCUAACAACCUGGCCGACCGCAUCAAGAUUCUUGCCGGCAAGAUCGAGGAGGUGCAAGUGCCUGAGCAGGUUGACAUCAUCAUCUCGGAGCCCAUGGGCUAUAUGCUGUUUAACGAGCGCAUGCUGGAAAGCUACCUGCACGCCAAGAAAUUUCUCAAGCCCGCAGGCAAGAUGUUCCCAACCAUUGGUGAGCUACACUGUGCGCCAUUCUCGGACGAUGCUAUUUACAUGGAGCAGUUCACCAAAGCAAACUUCUGGUACCAGCAGUCCUUUCAUGGGGUCAACUUGACCAGACUCAGGGAGGAGGCCCUGCAGGAGUACCUCAGGCAGCCCAUUGUGGACACCUUUGACAUCAGGAUAUGUCUGGCGAGGUCCCAGAAGUACACAGUUGACUUCCUCAAGGCGCACGAGACUGACCUCCACCGGAUCGAAAUCCCCCUGUGCUUCGUGGCCCACGCUUCGGGGGCGGUCCACGGCCUUGCAUUCUGGUUUGAUGUGGCCUUCUGUGGGACAAUGCAAACAGUCUGGCUGUCCACGGCGCCAACAGAACCUCUCACACAUUGGUAUCAGGUUCGCUGUUUACUAAGAGCGCCGAUCUAUAUCAAGCAAGGUCAAUCCAUGUCAGGAAAAGUAGUACUCAUCGCAAACAAAAGACAAAGCUACGACAUUGACAUCGAGCUGCAGUCGGACAGCAGCGGGGCCCGCUCCAACAAUCGGCUGGACCUGAAGAAUCCUUUCUUCCACUACACCGGCCAGCAGCCCCAGCCGCCCACCGGCAGCCAUGAGACUUCGCCCUCGGAGAAGUACUGGGACUCGGUGCCUCAGACGGCCAUGGUGAACGGGAUGGCAGACACCAACUCCAUGCAGGUGACUCCGGUGCAGCAGGGUAUAGGGCAGAGUUUCAACCUUAUACCACUUGCUAAUGCCGAGCCCAUCAGCCAUACAGGCAUCCUGCCCGGGGGAGCCACCCAGCGCCAGCAGACCUACAGCCUGCCCUCCUCGGCCGGCACCCUGAUGAGCAACGCCAGCAGUUUGCCGUUCAUGCAGAACGGCCACCAGGCGGCGUACACUUCAUCCAACCCUGCUGCGGAGGCAGGGGGCCCCGGUGUCGCCAACCCCUUCCCCGUAGUGGCCCCGGCCCAGUUCUCCAUCGUCGGGGCCACGGAUCAGCUCAGCCUGCAGCCAGGCACAGUCAUCAUACAGGGACAGCCCGGGGUGCAGGGGUAAGAGGGUGUGGGACUUUUUGGGGUGUGUUCUAGGAGUUGUGGGGGGGGAGGGGAAAUCAUCACACCUGUGUUUUGAGACACUAGAGGGUACACCUGCAAGUGACUUGUUUCUAAUACUCAACUGGAGGGUCUGUGGUGGGUAGUCGCCAAUCUCUAGCCGUAGUUUUUGCCCACGACACACUUGUUUUUCAACUCUUAACAGUUCAGCAAAACCUGCCAUUUUUUUUCGCUCAGUGUGUACAUUCAGCAUAUUAAAUUUAGUUGGGGGCUUCCGUCACGAGGGAUUUCAAAGAAAUAGGGAGCACUUGUGGCAAGAUUGUCUUUGUAACUUAGGUAUUUGGUUGUAUUCAGUUCUUCAGGUUAUCCAACCUUGAAUAAUUUGGGAUAUAGUGGAUGUGUGGCGCAAAAUUGCUUCAGGUUUGUUGGUGACAAAAGUUGUCUUCUGAGUUAACCUCUUGGUAAAAAGCACCAAAACAGACGCAGCAGGCUUUGGAUCAGUUUUCAGUGUUUGUCCAAAGCGCCAACUGAAGCAGAACACUUGCAGGUUGCACAUUGAACGAUUAAUCUCCCUUUUUUUUUCAGUGUUUGCGUAAGACUCGAGUCAUAUUUGUGGUGGGUAGAAUUAUUGAGUAAACUUCUUGGCUUCAUUCUGCAACAGCUUCUGCCCCCCAAAAAACACCCUCACCCACAAUGGUAGAAGUGACCGGUCCUUGUGUCUAUCCCGGGUCACUUUUGAGCAGUCACAUGACUCAUCCUCUCCACUGAUUGGCCAGUGCCGUACAUUUUGAUGGGUCCCUUCUGACUUACAUAUGUACUAAUAUAUUUCUUUGUCUUUUAAAUAUAUAUGUGUGUUCUUCUUGAAUCCUGAAUGUUCCAGGUCCAUGAUAUGAUGGUAUAUUAUCAUUCAAGUCAUGGAAUGCCAUAUUAAUGUAUCAUAUGUUCUCCUUUGUCCUUAGAAUGACAUUUCAAGCAAUGAAACUGUAUAGCCUAUGAAUUAUGGAGGUUUUUGGUAACCAUUGUUGGGUUUUUGAAAUUUGUAGGGCACUGUUUCAUCCGAAUGUACUGUGUGAAAGCCAAGUUGAAAUUCUUUCAAUUGAAAAUCACAAUCAGUGAUGGGGUUUCUGUUAUAAAUUCGCAGUCGUGUAAAUUUAUGAAUUCGUUUGCAUUUUGUAGGCACCUUACACGCAAAAUAUUUUCAAAUUUUGUUCACUGUUCUUAAAAUCUCUCAUCUAUUUGCACCUACGCUGAUUUUAUUCCUAAAUUUGAAUUUAAUUAGUAAGUUGUUUACAAACAAAAAUGAUCGGAAACCCCACUGAGUAUGGGAAAGGCGAUUGGUGAUAAACUAAACAUUUCUUAGAAUGGCCUAUCAAUACUACGCAGUGUAUUUGGUAGCUUGUCUGCGCAUCCGCAGCUUUGUGUUUUUAACUGCACAGCGGAUAAUCAAAGCAAGUCUGUAUUGAUCUGUACAUUAUAGGUACCAACCCUGACUGCAGUCUUUGUGCCUUGGGCACGUUUCAGCCUGUAUGUCCAUAUUUAUUGGUAGACAGCCAAAACUUCAUUAGAAUUUGUGCAAACAUUACAAAAAAAAACAGAACUGUAAAUAUCCACUGUAUGAAGUUGUCUCGUUACUCCAUCAUAGUAUAACAGAAUAGAAACAAAAUCAAGUAGUGUAGAUUUGUUCAGCAUUCUAGAUCUUUCAAGUUAGCGUCUGGUUACUGAUUAAGUACAUUUAGUUGUCCUAGAAACCGUCGUCAUGCUGUUGAGUUUCUCAAUCGCUAUUUAAUGAGUGGGCCAUUUUUGUAGGCUUCAGUGAUGUGGUAAUGCAAUAUUGUUUGUUCCUCCACGCUCAACUGGAAGUGUUGGGCACAGCGCAUGGGUACCAGCUAUUAAUAGGGAGCGUGUGUACCCAAAGCUGGUCCCCUACUUGAUUUUAAAGGGAUGAGGUGGUUGUCUUUUUUAAUGGAGAGGAAGGGGAAAAAAAAUCUUGACGUUAGAAAAAAAGCGGGAACUUUCUGAAAUGUAUUUGCAGGUUUUAUAAAUAUCAGUGAGGCCCAGAAAUUCAAAUACAGCCAUUACUUUACGGCAACAGCAGGGGUCAUGUGUAAAGUCUUACCAGAAUAUCAACAACUUUCUGAGGUUUGCUGCGUCUGAAUUGACUGGCUACAUCUGGAAGUAAAAGUGGUAGUUAACGCUUUGCCAGAGCCGUACACCCCAGACCUAGACGUCCUCAACUGCUUGGCCAGAUCCUAUGUACAACACUGGCUGGGAUUAAUGAAGAGUAACCUGAGAAGAUCUGAUAGUGAUACACCUGUCUGUGGGAAGUGGCUGUAAGCUGCUAGCCAGCGGCUUUAAUAGGCAAACAUGUUCAUUUCAGCCGCAGCCGCAACAAUCAGAUGUAGCCAUUGACUGCCAAAAUGAUACGCAACUUACCACAAUGACGUGAGCAUUUUCUGGGUACAUGCUGAAUGAUAUGCGAUAACCUAUGUAGGAUUGGUACUCAGAGGGGAUUUUCAAAUUAAAAGUGUAUUCAUUUGUUCAUUUUCAGAAUGUGAAAUUGGGAGCAGGUUUGGCUGAAAUAAUCUUUGGGGGAAAUGGUUUGAGCUUUGAAGGUUCAUUUCAUUUUGUGGUGUUCCAAUAAACUCUGCGCUGAAAAGGAGACGAAGAGAAA